AAAAAUGAAGCAUCUACAUAUUGAUAAACCAGACACUCUUCAACCUGAACAUGUUCACAUAACAGCAAGUGGACUUCAACCUGAUAGAACUUAUCGUUUUGAUAUGAAGCUCCGACACAACUACGGAUCCCAUGCUGCGUACUGUGUAAUGAAAGCGGAUAAGGAUGGAAAUAUUGAUCUUAAAGAACAGAAGCCACUGAGAGGAACUUAUUUCGAAGCCGAUGGAAUGGGAUUAUUCCUUUCGAUGACUCCAAGUGAGGAUUUUGCAUAUGGAGGAUAUCUUCGUUGUACUCCACCAAUUCCUUUCUUCUAUCUUUUACAAUUAUCCGAUGACAGUGGAACAAAGCUCGAUGAAAUGUACAUAAAGAAACAUUGGAUGCAUCCACUACUUACUCGUACUGAAAUUGAGUAUGACGGAUUCUGUGGAACAUUGUUCAAACCACCUGGUGAUGGACCAUUCCCAUGUGUUAUGGAUAUAUCUGGAACCGGAGGAGGUCUUCAUGAGCAUAAGGGUGCAAUGCUUGCUUCAGAGGGCUUUGUUGUGAUCUGCGUUGCUUUCUUCCAGUUCAAAGAUCUUCCGUACAAACUGGAAGAUGUCGACGUUGAAUAUUUUUUGAAGCCCAUCGAAUUUGUACUUGGCCUGUCGUACACCACUAAUAUGCUCGGAAUUCAAGGAGUUUCAUUUGGUGCAACAAUUGUUGAUCUAUUAUCUACUAGAUAUCCACAAAUCAAAGCAGUAGUCUCUAUUAACGGUCCACAUGCUCAAUGCAGUUAUUCAUUGCUCAAAGAGCACGGAAAACAAAUGAUUGUUCCAGAACUUGACGAUUCAAAGUUGUAUUUCUUGAAUACAAUUCUAGUAACAGCUCCAUGCUUCAAGACAUUGACUCCAAUUUUGACAGAAGAGAAUUCAAUUCCAUGGCAUUGGAUUCCGAAGGAAACCGCGUUCAGGCUUAUUGGCUCCGUCGAUGAUCUAUGUGCUCCGUCAAUUCACUCCAAUUUGCAUAUUCAAAAGAAAUUGCAAGAAACUGGACACUACGUUGAGUUGGAAUUAGUAAAUGGCGGUCAUAUCAUGGAACCUCCUUACUUCCCACAUCACGAUAUUGUAUAUGCCAAAUUUCAAGGAUUCUAUUGUGGAUACGGUGGAGAAAUAGUGCUUCAUGCAAAAUCACAGGAAAGAACAUGGGCAAAUACAAUUAACUUUUUCAAAAGAAAACUUGGAAGUCCACCACCAAUGCCUGAUUGGACUCGUCUUUUCAUUGUUAAUGCACCAUUAAAACCAAUAGAAAAUAGAAGCAGAUUAUAGAAUUAUUUUAUUGGAAGAAUAUAUCAAUUGUGUUUUUCUUCUUAUUAUGUUUCGCAAUGUUGUGAGAAUUUCAAAUUUUGUAUGAAUAUCGUUGCUUGA